AUGCUAAACGAAAUUAUAUUUCAAGUAGUUAUAUCUUCAGUUGGAGUUACUAUAGUCAAUAGCGAUAAAAUAAAAUUUCUUCAAAAAUUCAGGUAUGCCAUCUACGUAUUAAUAUUGUCCUUUUUAUUAUAUAAAGGAAUUCCAUGGAAUAGGGAAAAUUAUUACACUUAUUUAAAUAUCGCUCCAAAUGCUACAAAACAAGAAAUACAGACAGCUUAUAGGCAGGCAGCUAAAAUUUACCAUCCCGAUAAAAAUCCAGACGAAUCUGCGAAUACAUCGUUUAUAAAAUUAAAACAAGCGUACGAUAUUUUGACGGACGAUGUGCGAAGAAGCAAUUACAAUCGAUUUGGGGAUUAUAAGAAUGGUAGAGAAGUAGACGACAAUACAGCUACCAUAUUAAUAUGCCUUUCACUAGUUCAGCACACAAUGUUUUUCAUAAUAGGAUAUUUUUUAUCAUAUCCAAGAAAAUUAGAAUUUGCGAGGCAGAUAUUUUUAGUAUACAAUAUAGCUAGUUUUUGUUUCGAGUUACAAUUUCGAUUUAUAGAAGAUGACACAACGUUCGAUUGGUUGCCAUCAAUAGGAUAUCUUUUGCCAUAUGAAAAAAUAAAAUUACUUAGGAUGCUAUUUCCAGUGGUUUUUUUCAUUAGUAUAUGUUCAUCGGCAUAUACAUAUACAGAUAGGAAUGCUACGUUAAUUUAUUUAAUGCGCUCCAUUUUAUCAACAAACCGAAUACUUGUUGAAAGAUCAAAUGAUGUUGUUGAUUCAACAAAUUAUUUAAAAACAAAAGGAGAAGGGUUGGUUAGAAAAUUACAACAAAUGAGAAAAAAUGAUAUCUCUUCACAAUUUAAUUUAAAAGGUAAUGUAAAGGAUAACAAAGAUGAAAAGAGUUGUUUAGAAAAUGAAAAAAAAGAUUCAAAAGAGAAAGAAUCUGAAGAGAAAUUACUUGAAAAUGUACAGGAAUUUUCAUUAACCUUAGAUUCACAGCAAAUGAGUUUAUUGGAAAAAUGUUUUGAAUUAUUGAAAAAUAGAAAUUUGAAUGAAAAAAAAAGUAAAAAAAAAUCCUGGUUUGAGUUUUUUUCCAUGCAAAUGAUAUUUGGAAUUAUAUUCGUAUAUAUAUGGCUUACAUCGAAAUAA